GCUCAGAAAAUAUGGCUUUGACACAAAUAGGAAUGGUAAACAAUCCCCCUAUCCCUUACACUGGGAAUAUUCCUGGAGGUCUUCUACCAGGAAAGCAGAUUUUCAUCCAGGGAGUCCUCCCUCUGACGCAAGAAAACUUUACAGUAAACCUGCAGUGUAGCACACAGACCUAUCCCCAAGUUGAGGUUGCUCUCCACUUCAACCCUCGUUUUAAUCAGGGGAAUGUGGUACGCAACAGUCAUGAGAAGGGGUCUUGGAAGAAAGAGGAAACAUACGGCAGCUUCCCUUUCCACCCAGGACAGCCAUUUGAAAUGAUAAUUGCAGUGGAAAUUAGCCAAUAUAAGAUUGCAGUCAAUGGCCAACAUUUUACGGAGUUCCAACACAGGAUUCCAGUCCACCUUGUCAACACCAUCAACAUUUGUGGAGCUGUCUCCAUAUUCUGUAUCAGAUUUGAUGCUCCAGGACAGGCAAUGCCCACUGGUUAUCCACAAAAUUUUGGUUAUGGUCAGCCUCCAAUGAUGCCACAGCCACAAGUUGGUUUCCAAGUGCAGCCACAGCCUGUAAUUGGGUUUCAGCAAAGUCUGAAUUACACAGAAGUUGUGAACCCGGCUGUACCUUAUGUGGGUGAAAUUCCGGGAGGAUUGGCUUCAGGCAAGUCUAUCACCAUCCAAGGAGCACUUCCUCUGACGCAGGAAACAUUUGUGAUAAAUCUACAAUGUGGUCGGCAGCAGUAUCCGCAAUUAGAAGUGGCUCUCCACUUUAACCCACGCUUUAAUGAAGGCUGUGUGGUACGGAACAGUCACCAGGGCGGCGCCUGGAAGAAUGAGGAGAGAUUUGGAGCCUUCCCGUUCCAUCCUGGACAGAACUUUGAUAUGAAAAUUGUGGUUGAGUUGCGCCAGUACCAGAUUUUUGUGAAUGGGCAGCUCUUUACUGGUUUUCAGCAUAGGAUUCCAUUCCAUAAGGUCAACACACUGAGUAUUUCCGGAGGUCUGUCAAUCUUCUGUGUGCGCAUUAGUAGCUCGGAAAUGGAGACCAGGUCAUCUCUUCAUGAGUCAUUUGUCUCUGUCUAUCAGCCAUCUAGUUCUACACCUAGUUUCGGGACAGGAAUAGGCUAUCAAGCAGCUGGCUCAUAUGCCCCAUCUUUCCAACCGAUUAUCAAUCCGCCAGUGCCUUUUCUGUCUGGGAUCCCAGGUGGUGCUGUUCCAGGAAAGAUGAUCAAUAUCAUGGGUAGUCUGGCCUCCAUGCCAUGCAGGUUCCAUGUGAAUCUCCAGGAGGGAACUCAGGACAGCUGUGAUGUUGCCUUCCAUAUGGAUGUGAGAUUCCGCUUCGGAAGUGAUGGGAAUAUCAUAGUGCGAAACCACAUGUCCCGCGGCACCUGGGGCAUGGAAGAGAGAACUAUUCCAUUCUUUCCCUUCAGCAUUGGGGCUUCAUUUGAUAUGAUCAUACUGGUAGAAACAACAUGUUUCAAGGUUGCCAUCAACAACAAGCACUUUUUGGAGUUCAAACAUCGUCUACACCCUCCUACUCGCUACAGCACACUCAAGAUUGGUGGUGAUGUCAGAUUGUCUCAGAUAAGGUUCCAAUGAGGACAGGAGUAUAAUCAGUGCAUCAUCUCCUCAUCAGAUGCAACAGUUUACUUUAUCAAUUUUCAUUAUGCAGUGUUUAUUUUAACAUCAGAUUUACAAAUAGUUUUAACUCUGAUAUCUGCUACUUUUAUCGCAUACCUAGAUCUUAGUCAUGCUCAUAUGUAUAAUUAAAGCAUUUGAUUUUAAAAUUUCAUAUGUUACAGGUGAACGUUUCAUAUAAAAAAAUCUUUGUAUCAAAGUCUUGAGGAACAUAAAAGUAACCUUUACAUGGUGUGGAGAAAACACUUGUGGUAUCUAUGUAGUGUGUAUUGAACUUUAUGAUGGGUCUGAACUUCAUGUACCAAUAAGUACACAUGAAUUAAAAGUGAAGUAAUUUUUUUGUAAUUUCUUCGAUGGUUUAGGGCUAGACAUUUCUUGUAGUAGGAAGUAAAUAAGGCCUAAUUCCUUUGAACACCUGUAGUCUGGUAUGUUCUUUGUUACGACGGAAAUCAAAAUUGACAUAAAUAUGUUUUACUUAUUAAUUUUCUUGAUAUAUAUUUACAUUAUAGCCAGUACAUGGUGACGUGCUAUUUACUAUAUAUAUAUAUAUAUUAGAGAAGAAAUUCGCAUACUGUAGCAUUUCAAAGUCAUAUCUAGUAGUAAUUAGCAUUAUACAAGUCAGUGUUACUGAAGAGUUUCAAUCAAACAGCAUAAUUUUCAGUACAGUAGUUAACUAUAUUUAUUUCUUACUGAAGUGCAGCUGUCAAUUUUGCAAUGAUUUUUUUUUUUUUUCUUUUUUCUUUGACUGAAGGCCAGAAUUUCAGAUUGGUUUAAUAAAUUAUGAUUGUGACAGCAAUUUCAAAUACAUAUUCCAAAAAUUACUCACACAUUUGACUUAGAUAAAAAAAGAGGCAGUAGUAUGAUGUUCAUAUGACUAUUAAUGUUUACUUUUUACAUGUUUUAGAACCAAAAUCUCAAUGAUAGUAAUCAAAAGCAAAGAAUAUGUUGUAUGACAUAUGAUUGGGACCAAAUUUAUUGUAUUGAUGUAUAAUUGUCAGAUUAAUUCAUGAUUUGUUUGGAUUUUUAUCUUGACUUUUAGACAUUUUUCCUUUGCUAUGAACUGGUACUGUACCCAUGCUUGAAAUAUGUCUUGAUUGCUUUAACUAGUCUAUUGUCAGAAGUUCAGGGGCCUGUAAGGUUGUGCCAUAUUAUUCUAAUCUUGCCACUGUCUGAAGGACAUUAGUUUCACUAUUAUCAAUUGUGCCAUAAUCUUAAUGUUUCUGUAUCAUAUAUGGAUUGUGCUUGGAAUUUGAGGAACCAGACUUUUUAGACGCCCUUUGUAUGACGGGACGUAUUAUGCUAUGGCGUUGUCUGUCCGUCCGUCCGUACAUUGUAAACUUUCCUAGUCUGGGCCAUAACUAUGUGAGUCCUUGGUCUAUACAGAGUGUCACAUAUAAAAAUUGCCUGCCUUGCAUGCAUAGUAUCUGAGUUAUUCCCCCUUAGUUGAUUUUUCGUAAACUUCCCUUGUUAGUGUAUAGUGUAUGUAAAUCAUAAGUUUAAAUACUAUAUUAGUAAAUGGUGGUAUGACAUGGCUAAAACUUCCCCAAAGGAUAUUCAGAUUAUUCCAAGACAACUUAGUUAUACAGUCAAAUACUGCUUCUCCAUCAAAGACUGGCGACGGGUGUAUAUCGUGCCUCAAUUAGGCCCUUGUUAUUGACUGUAGCAGGCAAAGAAUGCUGGAGUGGUUGGGUUCAUUUUUGCCUUUAUUUACUAAUCAGGCAUUGCUUUUACUUUGUAUAUUUGUCUCAUAUUGUUUUUCCUAAUGCACUUAAAGGAAUAGGAUCUUCAUCGUCUUAGAGCAAAAGAUAGUGUCAAGUAAUGCUGUUUACUCUCUCAACUAGUUGUAAAUCUUGCUGUAGAAGUCGGUAUCGAAGGAGGCUAGGGGUUUUUUUUUUGCCUUUUUUUCUACGCUAAAGCUCCAUUAUGAUAGCAGGAAGUACUGAAGAAGCCAAUGGAUUAAGAUUCUAGUUUAUUUUCUGUUUUAAUUUCCAAUUACGGAUGUCACUUUGUGUUAACACAGCUACAAGAUAGGUGUUCAGAAUUGAAUAUUGUGUCUGUAUUGUAUACUGUAUAUCUGAUCUCAUUAAAAGUGAAAACCAAAUAUUCAUUGAUAGAAUCCUGAUAUGUAGCAAAAUACCUAUUUCCCAUUUGUAGAGUUUUUAUUCUGUUUUGUACUGUAGUACAUUUUAAGUGGUGGUUGGGCUUAAUUGAACCAGAUAUUCCAUAGCUAACAUGGAUUUUUUGGUUUCCUUAAUUGAAAAAUUAUGCUUAUGUAAGAUAUAUGUUUGAGUUUUUUCUCAUAGAAAUUUGAGUUUGGGAUUUCUGUUCAAUUAUUAGACUUUAAGUCUUUAUUUUGCAUUGAUAGAAACUUGAAAAGUCAAAAGAGAGUUGAGGUCACUCAAAAAGCAUUUAACCGCCCCCACCCCCCACCCCGCCAUGCUUAUAUGCUAUGUUAAGUAUUUGUUGACUUUUUUGUUACUAAUUCUUGUGUUGUAAUGAUCACCUUGGAAGUUGUAUUUGUUUAUUUACUAAUUUUAUGUAAACUAAAACUUAUUAAUCAGUUAUUUUUGAUGUUGCUGUUUAUUUUAAUAAUGUUAAUUAGGUUAAUCCUUUAAUCACAUAUUACAUGUACCAGCAUUUAACAGCUUUGAAAUAGCCAAACUGCAUUGAAGCCAUAUAGAUGAAAAGUGAUUGAGUCAAGCCUACCAAGAGCUUAAAGUAAAAAGAGUCUUGUAUACUAUAUACAUAUAUAUUUGUAUAUAGACGGAUGGUGUUGAGAAGAUGGAUGGACUCUGUAGACAUGUGGUUUUGGACAGGUUCCUCAAUCAACAAGUAGCCUCAAAUGACAAGUGGUUUAUAUAAACAGGUAGCUUUGAUAGAAAAUUGACUUUUUAUAAUUUGUCAUAAUUCACAAGUGGCCUUAAAAAAUGACCUAAUAGUGACCUUAAUCAACAAGUGACGUAUAGCAACCUUAACACACAAUUUACUUUGUACUGACCUGAAUACAUGAUUGACCUUAUACUGACCUAAAUACACAGUUGACCCUACAGUGACUUUGAUAAACAAGUAACCAGGCCAGUGACCUUAAGAAUCAUUUGGUCUUUAUGUAUUGAAUAGAAACAUUUUCUUGUGAUGCAAGUUGUCAAUUUUUAUAUGACUUCUUUUUUGAAACCAUUCCAAGCUGAGAGCAAACAACAGUAGCAGACCAUGUAUUAUGUCUCAAAGUUGGACAUACACAUCAUAGUGAGAUUGUUUAUUGUACAUGUAUAUUGUCUGUGUUACACCGAAUAUUCAGUCUGUAAAACAGCAAUCUUAUUUUCAUUUUUUGUUUCCCAUAUAUUCUAAAAUGGCAAUAAAACUGAGAAAAAUGGUAUCAGUUUGAUAUUUUGAGUAUUUAAUACUGUAGUACACCUAAAGUCAUUGGUUUACAGAGGUAAUAUUGGUGUAACA